AAAUGUAAACUUUCUACGCUGUCGACGCACGUGAACGUCUACUCACUCCACUUCCGAUAGCAAAUACACGACUGUUAACAAUCACCAAACGGACCAAAGCAAAGAAAGGUUGUGCCAUAUAGCAACAAAUUUUUUCAGUGUCUCGGCAAUCAGCACCUGGUCUAAAAUGGCUGAAGCUGGCCCUUCAAGUUCUAAUGAUGGCUCAACAAGUUCCAUCCAAAGUCCUGAACAGAGAUUAGAACAGGCUUCAGUUUAUAAGAACGCCGGCAACGAAUGCUACAAGAACAAAGAUUAUAAGGGUGCUAUCGGGAAAUAUCACAGAUCACUGAUGUAUAUCAAGGACUUAGACAUGGGCGCAACGAGAAGAGACAUGAGUGCUGCCCUGGGCUUAGCAAAGACACAGCCAGGUCAGGCUCAACCAGCCUCUAUGAAUAGCCAGCUCAGCCAAGCAACUAUACCUCAAUUUAUGUUGGACCAAGCAGCCGAGUUUGAGUUGAGCUGUUUGAACAAUUUAGCAGCUUGCCUUCUUCAACUGCCAGCACCCGACUACAGCAAAGUAGAAUAUUACUGCAAUCAGGUACUUGAGAGGUGCGAUAGGAACGGGAAAGCAUUGUACAGAAGAGGUGUAGCACGGUACCAACUACACGACUAUCAGGCUGCACAUGACAGUCUUUCAAAAGCACAAGAAGUCUCACCGGGAGAUUCCAGCAUCAAGAAAUACAUGCAGCUAUGUGAUAAAGCCAUGGUAAAGCAGGCAAAGGAUGAGAAGACAAGAUACAGAGGGAUGUUUGACAAAAUGGCCGCCCAAGGAGACCAAUGACCCCAUUCACACUGAAGAGAUGUCUACUCUCCUAAAUGUAUCGGUGUGAAAGUCCACAUCCAUUUCUGCACCAUUGGACUGUGACUCUGUGAGGCCAUGUUCACACUUGUGUCAAGGAAGAUAGAUACAAAUGUAAUGACAGACAUAAAUUCUUGCCCUGUUCACAUCAUAAUUUCGCCGCUGUUCCAUAGUUGUGGUGUGAAUGACCACAUCCAUUACUGCACCAUAGCAUUAUGGAACCAUGUUCAGGCAGUCGUCAAAGGAGAGCAAGAUACAUUCAUAGAGGACAUAAUGUUUUGCCCUGUUUGCAUUGUCAUAAUGUCUACUCUGCGUAGUCGUUUAGUGUGAAAGAUCAUUCACAUUACUUCUCCAAGCCGUGGUACCAGGAUAACAUUGGCACCAGGCAAGAGAACAAGACUGGUAUAAUAAUAAAGAUCAAAUGGACAGAAAUUUGUUUAACCUAGUUUGUAUUAUUGUGUCUUCAUUGGAUUUUGUGUCUAAAAAUCUGCUUUCGCACAUUGAGUCUGGGAUUAUUUCAGGCAUAGAAAGGCAAGAGACUCCAGAUUAUUUUUUUCAAAAUACCUGACCUGUUUUACAUGUGAAUAAUGGAUUUGAAUUGAAUCUUAAGUGUUAAUGCAUCAAUUAAAUACAAUUAAAUAAUACCUGCAUGGAUUCAUAAUGUUUUUGGCACAUGUAACUCACAACUACAUAUGAGUGGCAUGAGGGUUUUAUAUCCCUGUCAUUUCCCUCUUCACAUUGUUAAUGCUAGCAUGAAAUUACUGGACAGAUCAUGGAUGCAAAUAUGUUUGAGAGCAUUUAGAUUAAGAUGUUCAUGUUUGAAAAAUCAUACCGAUAUACUUUUCUCAAUUGGUUAUCUUUCCAUUCAAACUAGCACGAAGAGAGAAUGAAUGUAUACGUGAUAUUGAAUAUUUGAAUAAAAAGUAAAAACCCA